AUGUCGGCCUUCUGUGGAAAAAGUGAUAAAGGGUAUCUCUCUGGCAGUGUGGGUCCUUACUCUCUCCCCGUGCACCUCCUCCUCACCACACCUGGCAAAACUGAAGAAAUCAAGGACCUCCUGCUCAAAGCCGGGGGAAAGGAUGCCAAAUCUGUUAAGAUCAAGAAAAAUAAAGAUAAUGUGAAAUUUGAAGUUUAGUACAGCAGAUACCUUGACACCUGACAAAGGGAAAAGGCAGAGAAACUGAAGCAGUCCCUGCCCCUGUGUUUCACAGUGAAGGAACUGAAAUGA